AUGCCGCCCGCCACUGACGAGAGAACACCGUUAGUUCGCCAACCUUCUACAGGUUUUGAUAAUGAUGAAGAUGAUAAUGUUGUUGACCCGAUUAAUAGCACCGCGGUCUAUGAUAUGACAGGAUCAUCCGCUCGUAGUCGAAGUAGAAGUAGAAGCAGAGAUAGAUGGUUUCCAUUGAGACAUAGCAACUCUAUAUCUCAAGCUGAUUUCUAUAGAAGACCAGAUAAUGAACGACCUGUUCUCCAAAGAUUAAUGCAAUCCCACUACACAGUCACAAAUCCCUUUGGUGGUUCACCUUAUGAAUCGUUAGCACAAUCAUCCUCUUCCUUGAAUUUGCAAGCAUGUUUCCAAGAAGGUGCUAGUGUUGAUCUCGAGAGUAAUGGCCGUCGUAUGUCGAUUCUUGGGACCAUGAGACCCCAACGACUUAUUGGUGAUUAUGUUCCCUUUUCAUGGGAGAGCCAUAAGGUUGAUACCAUGAAAAUGAGUAAAGGUGGUAAGAAAGACUAUUAUGAUAGUUUGAAUGAGUUGGUGGAACGAUAUCAGGAAAUUGAUAAGUUUCUUGAUAUGGGGAAGGUUCAUUUGAACAUUUUAUCCAACUAUACAAAGGGGAAGGGGGAUGAUCUCCCUCCUUUGAUAGAGGGACAGCAUUUUGAGUCGUUCAAUUUAGAACAUGGUGAAAGCACCAACUCCAUUUCUGAAAAUGGUAGUCAAAAUCCAAGGAAAAACCUUAAAGAUAUACCUGGUGGAGUCAAUGAAGGAUCUAUGAUUUUAGGAUUAGAUGAGGAAGCAGAUGCAAAAGAUGUUUAUGUGGCAAUUAUGGUGAAUUUCUUGAUCAACUUUCUUUUACUUAUUGGUAAAGUAAUUGUUACUAUGUUAACCAAUUCGAUUUCGGUGGUUGCAUCUUUAGUUGAUUCUAUCUUGGAUUUCCUUUCAACUUUUAUUAUAUUUAUUGCUAAUCGAUUGUCAUCCAAUCGGAGUUGGAAAACCCAACAUUUGUAUCCUGUUGGUAGAACAAGAUUGGAACCAUUGGGGAUCUUAAUCUUCUCGGUUAUUAUUAUAAUUUCUUUCUUUCAAGUUGCCCAAGAGUCUGCAAAGAGGUUAUUCUUUUCUUCUCCAGCAGACAGGGAAGCGGCUAAGAUUGGUCUUAGCUCCGUUGCCAUUAUGCUGGUUACUAUUGCUGCAAAAGUUGGCUGUUGGAUAUGGUGUGCUAGUAGUCCUUCCUCCUCAGUACAAGCAUUAGCUCAAGAUGCAUGGACAGAUAUCGUGUUUAACUCCGUGUCAUUGGCUGUUCCCACACUUGGAUACUAUAUGAAUGUUUGGUGGCUCGAUCCUGCUGGUGCCUUAUUCUUAUCCGGAUACAUUAUUUACUCUUGGUGCGCUACGGCUUUUGGGCACAUUGAUAAUCUUACUGGGGCUGUUGCGGAUACAGAAGAUUAUAAAGCCAUUCUUUAUUUGGCCUAUCGGUUUGCCAACCCCAUCAAAAGUAUAACUGCACUUCAGGUGUACCACGUUGGUGAUAACUUGAAUGUUGAAAUUGACAUUGUGUUUGAUCAGAACGAUAAGUCUUUGAGUUUUGAAGACUAUCAUGACAUUGCCGAGGCUUUACAAUAUGCAAUUGAGACUUUACCAAUGGUGGAAAGAGCCUAUGUCCAUAUCGAUUACAUGGAGGGUAAUUUCAAAGGUCAUCUUAAAUAG